CGUACGUAAUGUACGAAUAUACGCGCUGCAAGGCAGUCUAAAAGAGAAAAACCGUACUAUCGCAACACUUUCGGUCGCAAACGCGCGAUCAGGUGGAUCAUGGCAAAAUGUAAAAGUAUUUCGUUACAAAGAGUUUGUUACAAUACGCACGGCAGUGUCUUAUCUUAUACUCUUUAAUCACCCAGAUUAAUUAAACCUACACAUACACUCUUAUCGUUCAGAUGACAACACGAAAUAAAAUCCAACUUUGUUCCACGUAGAAAAGUGUUUUUUGAAAGUGCAGAUCUCGAAACAGUGUCCUGGUGAAGGAGAAACAUCACCAUGAAGUACCUCGUCAUUAUAUUUUGUUUAUUUUUAAGCACCCAGUGUGAAGAGAAUCAUCACGUUGGAGGACGAAAUUUAGAUGAAGAAUUAGAUGGGACCACUACAGAAGUACCUCAAAUCGUCAAUUAUAAUAAUGCAACGAAUUUGACGAAUGAAAUAGAGGAUCAGGAAGGAAAUGAGACCAAUGUGUCAGAUGUGACAGCUGAAACAACAACAAAAUUUAAUGUGUCUCUGUUAUUACGGGAAGAUCAGUCUAAUGUAGAACAACCCAUAGAAGUUUUAGGACAACCUGCAUUAAAUACUCCAAAAGGAGUUGACACAGAAGUCUCUGGCCUAUUAAACGUACCUAAGGAGGAUAUUCUACAUCAACAACCUGUUGAGAACCAUGAUCCAGCUCAAAUCCCUGACCAAGUUGAUGACGAAACAGAAUUGAUUGAAGACGGGCAAAAUACGGAAGACGAAAUAAGAAGACACGAAGAAUUAAAGUCAGAAGCAUAUGAUGAUGAAUCUCAGCCAAGAUAUUUAGCUGCAGUUGUGGCUUGCACCUUGGUGGUGGUUGCUGUGUUGUGUUACGCAGCAUUGUGGGGUUGGAGGAGAUACUUGGAGAAACGAUAUGGAAGUAGAACAAUGCUAGUGAACGCUGAAGAAUUUGAUGACCCUUACGACGUUCAUCAUUUUUCGAUAUAAAAACAAUCUGCUAUUGAUAGGUAAAAUGAUUGCAGGCCAAAGAAUGUCAAAAAAUAUGUUUUCAACAUUCCUAUAAAGUUUUUAUUGUUGUUAGAUACCGGGUGUAUUUCAAAAGUGGCUCACCUAUAUGGCAUUUUUAUUUUUUCAUAAAAAAAACCGAGAUGUGGUAUAUUAGUAUAUGAUAUGAAUAUGUUAGUAUAUAAUAUCUUUUAACCGACCAGGAAAAAUUAGUGGUUUUAACAAUCAUGGCACUCUAGAUUGAAAUUUAGAAAUACUAUUUUUAAGCGGGAAUGUAAAAAGUUGACAUGCGACAUGUCAUUCUAUUCAGAGUGUCAUUUUCUAUCAAAUAAAGUAACAAAAUACCGAGGGUGCCAUUUAAAAAUCAAGUUUUAGUCAUUUCCGGUGAAACAGGAAGUGACAGAAAACAAUUGAAUAUCUCAAUCAAUCCUAAUUUAUGUCAUAAACUAACGUACCAAAUCUCGUUUUUUUAUCUGAAAAAAUAAAAAAGUUAUAGGGUGUCAGUCACUUUUGAAAACCCCGGUAUAGUACGUUGUAAUUUUAAAUGUUUGCCAUAAUACAAUAAGUUGUACAUAGUGUAUAUUUCUUCAUAUUUAAAUAAACAACUGUGAUAGUUCGUAAUGUGUGUAGGUUCUAGUGUAGAAAAAAUAAAACACUAUAAAUAGAA